AUCAGUUGUAAGGUGUACUGUUUCCAGUUCUGGGUUCUCAGCAUGAUGGCUCACCUAGUAGCGGUUCUGCUGUGGUGCGCUGCAGCACUUCCCAGCCUCCUUGCGGCGCCAUCGUUGCUGGCAGUCACUUGUGAUAAGGAAAGCGAGGCGGCGGCUGCAAGCCUCGGUGUUCAACACAUCAAUCGAGAGCACAAACAUGGAUUCAGGUUCAAGCUGGAGGUAGUCCAGAGCAGCAAAUAUCAACAGGUGUCAGGAGGUUGCCACAUUGAUGUGAAUGUGAAGCUGGCGCAGACCAAAUGUCACUUCACCAACCCCAAACCUGAUGACCAGUGCGAGCUGUGGCGAUUGGAUGAACGGGGUGCAGUGGCCACCUGCAGCAUUGAAUUUUGGGUGAUGUGGGGCGUGGCCAAAGUCACCAAAUACGAAUGCACCACCAGACCAGAGCUUACCAAUGAGGAGCUGGAAACGGUUUGUCCUGUCUGCCCCAAGUUGUUGCCUCUAGAUGACCCGACUGCUGUGGAGGCAGUGCAUGACGCUGUGGUCAAGUUUAACCGGGAGACCGAACAGAAGAAUUACUUCACACUGUUGGAAGUGGCUCAUGUGACAGUGGAGUCAGUCGCAACCAUUGGCGCCAUCACCUCACUCAAGUUUGCCCUGGUUGAGACAACAUGUCGCAGAGGUGCCAGGAAUACUUUUAUACCCUGCACACCUCGCUGUCCAGACAGAGCCCAUCAUGUCUUUUGUCAAACUGCCUACUACAACUUGCACAGACAAGUGGGAAAACUUGAGUGUGAAUUAUAUCUGCCAAAAAAUCCAGGCCCCUACCCGACUGACGUGCCAGAGCCUGUGUGUAGACCGUUGUUCCAUCAAAGUCCGGAAGCUUGUGUUUGCAAGGAGAGGCUGAAGUACCCUGAUCAUGCGAUCCACCACAUUUGUCCAUUCCCACUAAAGUGAUGUCAUUGCAUUUCAACUUGAUUGUAAUAAAUAAAAGUCCUUUGCCACUGAAGAACA